AUGAAGGAAGAAAUUGUCGCCUCGUCGUCUCCCAAAGCAAGGACAGCAGGCGGCUCCCUGUUCAGUGGCUUCCUGCCGGCCUCGGGUGUAGAAAGAUGGCGGACGCAGGACUUCCGGUUCUGAGCUGGACAGUGUGGACACCGGCUGCUGGGAGAGGCGAGCAUGAAGCUGAUCAGUAAAGACAUGGAGAAGGACAAUGCGGGUCAGGUGACCCUGAUCGCGGAGGAGGCAGAGGACAUGUGGCACACCUAUAAUCUGCUGCAAGUGGGCGACAGUCUGCAGGCAUCAACCAUCAGGAAGGUGCAGACAGAGUCAUCCACCGGCAGCGUGGGCAGUAACCGCAUCCGCACCACCCUCACCAUCUGCGUGGAGAACAUUGACUUUGACUCCCAGGCCUGUCAGCUACGGGUCAAAGGCAUCAACAUCCAAGAGAACCAGUAUGUGAAGAUGGGAGCCUAUCACACCAUAGAACUGGAGCUGAACCGCAAGUUCACCCUGGCCAAGAAGCACUGGGACAGCAUCGUUCUGGAGCGCAUAGAGCAGGCCUGUGACCCUGCAUUUAGCGCUGACGUGGCAGCAGUGGUCAUGCAGGAAGGUCUCGCCCACAUAUGUCUCGUCACACCCAGUAUGACCCUUCUCCGCGCCAAAAUUGAAACCAGUAUCCCGCGUAAGAGGCGGGGCAACUGCUCCCAACAUGAGAAGGCUCUGGAGAAGUUCUAUGAACAGGUCAUGCAGGGGAUCAUUCGCCACAUAAACUUCGAGGUGGUGAAGGUCGUCCUUGUGGCCUCUCCUGGAUUUGUCCGGGAACAAUUCUGCGAGUUCCUCUUCCUCCGGGCUGUGAAACAGGAUCUGAAGACCAUUCUGGAAAACCGCGGGAAGUUCCUCCAGGUGCACAGCUCGUCGGGGCACAAGUACUCACUGGCAGAGGUCCUCUGUGAUCCGGUGGUCACCGCCCGCCUGGCAGACACCAAGGCCGCCAGUGAGAUAAAAGCGCUGGGGGAUUUCUACAAGAUGCUGCAGCACGAGCCGGACCGCGCGCUCUACGGGAUUAAGCACGUGGAGCGAGCAAACGAAUCCCUGGGCAUCGACACCCUGCUGGUGACCGACGAGCUCUUCAGACAUCAGGAUGUGGCGACUCGUAGCCGUUAUGUAAAACUUGUGGACAGCGUAAAGGAGAACGGAGGAGCCGUGAGGAUUUUCUCUAGUUUACAUGUCUCCGGAGAACAGCUGAGCCAGCUGACGGGGGUUGCAGCCAUAUUGCGGUUUCCGGUGGCGGACCUGUCGGAGGAUGAGUCCAGCUCUGGAGAAGACUAGGCGCCUCUACGUCCUGCCCCGGGACUGGAGCAUCUCAACUGGAGACGGGCAGUGACUGAUAAUUAUUUAUUGGACUGGGGGUGGGGCCUGUGCACAGGGGGUGGAGCCUCAUUACUAUGGACGGAGCGCCAGUUCCUCAGUUGUCAUUGACUGAUGAAAUAAAUCCUGCAAAGUGA